AUGGCGUGCCGCGCACUGGCCCUCCGCUCCCUGCUCCUCCCCGAACCGCUCCACCGCCUCCCGGCCGCGGCGCCGCCUGUUGGGAGGGCGCUCCGCGGCGGACGCCGUCCGCACCUCCGCUGCUGCUCCGGAGGCGGCGGGGACCCCGGGCAGCCGCCGCAAGAAGCUGUGCUGGAGGCCAUAUCCAAGAUAGCAAGGUCUAAAGGAAGGUUGCACUCACAACAAAUAUGGUCAUGGGUGGUAAAUUCCUACCCCACAGAUAGAGGAUUUACAGCAAUUGGCACUGGAGGUGAUGAUUUUGUCCAGUCAAUGGUAGUUUCUGUUGAAUCUGUUCUUCAAGAAUCAAUUCCCAAGGUCCAAGCUGUGUAUCGUGCCAUGAGAAGAGAUAACAGGAUGAAAUACUUCUUAUGA